AAGAUGCUUCAAUGUGCAGAAACUGGCAUGAAUAUGCAGUGGAUCACAAUGUUCACUGCACAUUUAGCAUCCAAAAAAUGUAACUGAAAGCAAAGUUUGAAAAAAAAAAAAAAAGAAGGAAGCAAAUUCAGACAGACAGCACCAUUUUGUCAGGUGUCUUCUAUUUAAAAAAAAAAAAGAAAAGAAAAAAAAAUUGGUAAGAUGACAAACAAUCAAACAAAAGAAAGUCCGGUUCCAGAAAAAGAUCAACAAUCCCGGCAGUACAGAGAAAGAACCUCAGUGUGAAAGACAGAGUAAUUGUGUAUUUUAUGAAGGGCUGUCACAUUUUGGCAAAUGUACAGUACAGAGAUAAGACUAAAAAUCGGUGAAGCAAAAUACAGUCAAUUUCCUGUCAUGCACAGGGUCUCAGAUUGAGGUUCAUUUAAAGGCCGAUAAAGAACUAAACUGUCAGGAGGCUGCCACUAGAUGUCAAUGUAAGUCUAAAAUAAUACCAGCUGUGAGAGUGAAAUUGUUUCUUAGGAACUGUCGCAGGUGGCAGCUGUGAUUGAUCAGAUCACCGAACGUGGGUUUUUCUUGAUAAGGGUGGCUAAUACGAGCUUAGGCCGGUAGAUUUUUUUAAAUCGUGUUUUGAAAGGGACAGAGACGGACACUCAGGAGUUUUUAAGCUCCACAUGGGCCUCUUGUGUUUUGAGCAACAAUACACUGCAGUGCAGAACAGCAUGUGCCUGUCAGAGGUUACAUAAGUUAUAGCCAUAGAACAGUGAUGUUUACAAAACAUACUCUGAUAUAGCAUAAGGCAGACACUUUCCGCCUUAUGCUUACUUCCUGUGUUUGCAUCCAACAACGGGAAACUAGUGGUUAAUUAUUUAUAUGGAGGGUAUCAAUAAAAUAACACUUGUUUGGAGCUUAUGCAUAAGUAGGGAAGAAGACAAAGGGUGAGGUUUGUUUUAACUUGCUCACCAUCUAUUUAAUAAUUAAAUGUACACAUGUUUUUUUCCUUGGUAAAGCAGGAACUAUGGGGUAACAGUGUUGAUAUAAAAAAUAUUUUUUAAUGUAUAAUUUAUUUAUUAUGAAAUUCUGUAUGCAUGGAAAAUGCAGCUUAUGGUAUUGUUGCUAAAUUUUGGUUCUAAAAUUAAGAUUAAUCACUGGGUUGUAUUUGCAGUAAAGUGGCCCUGCCUUCUUGUCAUUUUCUCUAAUUACAGUGCAGUUACAGGAUGUAUUAAAGUUUCAUAGAUAUACUAAUAUAUAUACUUUUUUUUUUGUUAAAGUAGCUUUUCUGUGCUCCACUUGUGCCUGUAGAUUCAAAGUUAUUACUUUCUUGGUAUCUCGUGUCCACAAAGAAAGAAUUAAAAGUGCUUGUGUUCACUUUCAAGGUGUAGAAUGGUGCGAUGUGGUCUGACGUAUCACCGAGACCCUGAAGUAGUCACCCGCCCCCUCCCUAAUUUUAGACUUGUGCUCGUCAGCAGCGACAGCACAUGACUUUAAGCCCGUGUGGUCUUAUUGAACAUUGGCCAAGCCGGUCCACCCCCCACCAGCCCAGCUCAGCCAAUGAGAUUAAAGCCCCUGCGUGCAGCAAUGAUUGAAUUAAGUGUCAAAACACAGUAGGAAUAGUCCUUAAGACAGUUUUGUCAAAGGUUCUGGAUUUCAGAGAGCAGACUUUUUUGUGCAGGAAGAGGAACUGUGAAGACAACAGAACUGUCUCUCGGUGUUGUGUCUCAGAUUCCUGUUAAAUAAUGUGAGCCAAGUGACGUUUCCGCUUCAGUUGCUCGCCACAUCAAGUCAAGCAUGGGUCGUUACCUCGGCACCAACUUGUGUUCAAGUCCCGUGAACAGGACUUUGAAAAUGUACCGCAAAAUUAGGUACUCGAUGAGCCCUAUCAGAAAGGACCAGCGUCUGGCCAAAGCACUGCUCAGCCAGGACUUACACAAAUAUUCACAACUGUCACCUCCUCAGGCUUCCAGGUUUGCAAGACAAGCUAGUUUAAAAAAUGUCAAACACUGUGAUGCAGCCUCUCACUGCUUCCUCAGAGACUUCGCCAAAGAAGCAAGACAUCUCCAGAUCGUGCGUUUUUAUUCGUCUUCUGAGAGGGAUGCAUUCAAAGGCGACGCUCCAGUUGGAAUUUUUGAGGAGGCUCAGAGCAGUUUUCAUUUGAGUUCGCUGGGUGGACGCCUAGGUCAAUCAUUUAACCGUUUGUCCAGACACAUUAACGUUUAUUUCAAAAGAACGGAUGCUGUGGCGCUCGCUGAAAAUGCCACUCUUGUUGUCACAACUCCAGAGUAUCUUGGCAGGCCGCAGAGGCGCAGACAGAGUCAUCGGGCAGCCUCAGAGCCAAACGUUUCUGAGAGCAAAGACACAGCACAAACCUUGGAAUGCAAAAGCAAACAGAAAAACACAGAAACAAGUUCUUCACCCCAGGAAUUGUCUGCCCUGCAACUGUUUCACAUCAGCUCUUUGGCAACAAGAUUUGGUGAGAGCUACAGCUACGUUGCUCACCACAUUAACUCGGUGUUCUCUCUGGGUUUUGCAAAACACCAGGACGAUCUGGAAACUGUGUCUUCUAAUAGAGGGAUAAACAGAAGGCAGAAGAGGAGAAAAAUGCAAAACACUUACAUUAGAAACAUGAAAGAAGAAGAAGAAGAACCGACUCAAAUAACAGCCAGUAGUGAAAAGGCAGCAGUAGAACCAAACAGUCUCUCUAGCAGCUGGGAGGAAGGAUACCUUCACUUUGCAAGACACAUCAACAGUUACUUUGGUGCCAAAGUUACAGAUGAAGCUCAGAAUCAGAGAGAACAGCCAGCUGUAGAAAAGAACAAUGCAAUCAAGGCACACAUUUCAGCACAAUCUACAUCACAAACUCACAGUGCUAAGUCACAACCAAAGCAAGAACCCAUCAACACAGAAACUAGAGGCCUUUUCCACAGCAGCUAUAAUACAACCAACUUUGGUGAAAGCUAUUUUCAGACGUCCAGGCACAUUAAUAAGUAUUUUAAUAGUCAAAGCAGAUUGCACAAGGACACUGAUGGAAAUCUCUCAACAAAGAUGAGCUCUGGAUCCCCAGAGAGAACAAAGACUGUAUCUUUUAUGGACUGCCUUCUGCACCCGACGAGUGCUAUUCCACACUUGUUGGGUUCUUAUCUUCAACCAGGCACUGUGUCCCACACUAAUAAGCCCAAAACUGCCAUGACACCAACGCGGGCAGUAUCAAAUAAAAAGCUUGUCUUGAGUCGCAGACAGGCAGAGGAAAUAACUCACAGGUUGUUGGGCAGCCUGGGACUGGCUUCUUCUCUAGAAGCUCUGGUUACCUGCAUUGAAGCACUCAAUGAACACCUUAUCCGCUACCCCUCCUGUAAAGCUCUGAUCUGGCAGGAGAAAACUGCAGUCACAUUGUUGAGACAGCGGCGAACCUACAGAUACGACCACAAACUUCAGGCUGCCGUGAGAGAAACCUUGGCUCUGAUCGGUUAUGUGGAUCCAGUCAAAGGUCGUGGCAUCAGGGUGCUUUCAAUUGAUGGUGGCGGUACGAGAGGUGUGGUGCCUCUACAGCUGUUAAAGUUGCUGGAAGAUGAAACAGGCAAAAAGGUCCACCAGCUGUUUGAUUACAUCUGUGGAGUGAGCACAGGUGCUGUUCUGGCCUUCAUGUUGGGUCUGGCUCGUUUCUCUCUGGAGGAGUGUGCUGACAUGUAUCGUCGGUUUGGAUCUGAAGUCUUCCGGCAAAACCCACUGGUUGGCACCGUGAAGAUGGGCUGGAGUCACUCUUACUAUAACACCGAGACCUGGGAGACAAUUCUGCAAGAGAAGCUGGGUGAUAGACUGCUUAUUAAAACAGCCAGAGAUGAGUUGAGUCCCAAGGUUUCAGCAGUCAGCGCAGUGGUAAACUGGGGUACCAGUCCGAAGGCUUUCGUCUUCCGCAACUAUAACCAUAAACCAGGAUCCCUCUGUCGCUACGCAGGAGCCUCAGGCUGCCAGGUGUGGCAGGCGGUUCGGGCAUCGUCUGCUGCCCCAGGAUACUUCCAGGAGUUCACCUUACAAAGUGACAUUCACCAGGAUGGAGGAAUUCUCCUGAACAAUCCCUGUGCCUUGGCCGUCCAUGAGAGCCGUUUGCUGUGGCCCAACCAGCACUUCCAAUGUGUGCUGUCGCUUGGCACCGGUCGUUAUGACAACGUUAAAAGGGGACCUGCUACCUCCACGAGUCUGAGGGCCAAAAUCAGCAAUCUGAUCUGCAGUGCCACCGACACUGAAGGGGUCCACACCCUGUUGGAUGACCUGCUGGCCCCGGACGUCUACUUCCGCUUCAACCCCAUGCUGAGUGCUCAGGUGUCCCUGGAUGAGAACCGGCCGGGAGCCCUGGACCUGCUGCAGAGAGACACCCAGAACUACCUGGAGAGAAAUCGGAACAAGCUUGCCAGGCUCUGUUUGGUGCUCGGGGCCGAGCGCUCAUCUGUCAGCAGAACUAAGGACUGGAUGAGCGAGAGGGCCUGGGAGAUGAAACAGAGAUUGAUGUGAGAAGGUGAGGGGAGGCAUGUUGACAUAGGGAUGAUUAUCCUGCGAACAGACGCACAUUUAUAUAGAUGGUGGAAAAAAGAAAAACAGAAACACCUUUAAGUGCAUUAACACUGAUGCAAAACAAAAAAUCUGUGAUAUCUGUUGUUAGAAUUUCAAAAACUUUUCCCCUUUUCACAAUACAUGGUUUUACAGUGUUUGUAUACAUAUAUGAGUCUGAUUAUACACCGAUCAGCCCAAAGAUUGCCUCAUUCGUGCCACCAUGGACUCCACUGACAGACCUCUGAAAAUGUCCUGAGACAUUAGCUGCAGAUCCUAUAAGUCCCAGAAGUUACAAGGUGGGACCUCCUUGGAUUCAACUUGUUUUCCAACACACAAAUGCUUGAAAUCCAGGGAAUGAGGAGGACAAGUCAAGAUCUUGAACUAAUUGUCCAUUUCUCAACAAUUACUGCUCCACCAGUAAGCUGUGAUGAGCUAUGUGUUUGACACCAGUAUUAAUGUUUUCAGAAUUUUGUUUAGUAGCUCCUCUAUAGGAUCGAACCACGAACAUCAGUGACCCUUGGGACACCCAUGACCCUGUCACCGACUCACUACUUGUCCUUCUUGGAGCCAGUCUUGGUAGGUUCUAACCACUACAUGCUGGCAACACCCCAUAAUACCUGUUGCUUUUGAGAUGCUUUGACCCAGUCAUCAAGCCAUCACAAUCUUGUCAGAGUCCCUCAGAUCCUUUAACUUUCACAGUUUUCCUGCUUCCAACACUUCAGGAACUGUUCAUUUGCUGCUGAAUAUACCCGACCUGUUGACAGGUGACGUUGUAACAAGAUAAUUAUUCCCUUCAUGUGUUAAUGGUUUUAACGCCAUGGUUGACUGGUGGAAACUGAAGAGAAGAGAUACAACACCAUCGUUCUAAUGACUUAUAUGGGUUGAGGCAUUGUGAGGCCAUUUUUACAGGAACAUAGCAUCACCACACACGUCAAAGGUCUUGUGUUGUAUUAUAAGAUGUUUAUGUGAUUUUUCUCUACUUCCUCUUAGCUUUGGUUUUGGCUUGUUGACAUACAACAAACACUUAUUUAUGAAAUAAGCACUCAGAUGCACUUUAUCAAUAAAGCUUUGAUUGAUAUUUUAAUAUACAUAUAUAUAUAUAUGGUCGUUACUUUAUUUAGAACUGUGCUUGUCAGGAGCAUAAACUGUAAUAUAAGCUAUACAUGUUGCCCUUAUGUGACAUUACAUUUGGUGUUCAGGGGUAUUUGUUUUCAAUAAAUUAAUAUCCAUGAAGA